AUGUUUGGAGGAAAUAAUACCACUAAAAAACAACUCAUUGAAAAAAUUAAUGAAUUAACAACAACAUUCGAAGAACAAAAAAAUGAAAUGAAAAAAACGUUCGAGGAACAAAAAAAUGAAAUGAAAAAAACCUAUACUAACGAAAUCAGUCUUUACCGUGAAAUAAUCAACAAAAACGAAAAAGAAAUUGAAAACUUAAUAUCUACAAAAACAACUGAAAUUGCAAAUUUAAU